AUGGCGACAACAGUAACUGAUGGAAGUCGUGCCUUAUUAUCCGGUAGUACUGCUGAAGGUCAAACGUAUGCACGUCAUUUAGCGAAUCAGAAUAUUCAAGACAUUGACAUUCUUCUCCAUUGUGGUUCAGUAAAAUCCGAGAAGAAUCUUAUUAAAACACAUGUUCCCGGUUUUGUUCGAAUCAAAUUUGACGAUGAAAUAGAAGCCACUGGUAGUGUCCAGUUCACAUCUGAAGAAGAUACUAAUGGCAUUCGUUGUCUGAACGGAUUCAAACUGAAACAAGGACAUUGUACAAUUGAACCAUCAAGUGAAAAAAAAAUUGGUGCUCCUUUAUCAUAUGUCAGCCGAUCAGGUCAAACCUCGUCUGAUUCGUCUGAUGCAGCUGCUGCACAAAAACUUGAAUAUCAAACAAUUGACAUUAGUAAACAAUUUCGAGAAGCUCUUAUAAACACAGAAAAUCAACGUUAUCAGUUCAACUUUGAUACAGUAAGAAAUAACUAUGUAUUGUUCUCUCGUGGUGUAUGUCAGUCAAUAUCUGAAUAUGCUAUACCAUUGUAUCGUACACCGCAUAGUGCAAAUAUGUUUGAAGAAGAGAACAUUAAUGAGCAAACAUUUCGUGAUCUAUUUACUUUAGUAGGUCCUGCCUAUGAUUAUAAUCUACCGAAAAUGACUCGUGAUAGAAUUGCAGCUCUAUUAGAUUUUUAUGAUAAAUAUAAACAAGUUGGAAAUCCUAAAAGCAUUGUUGAUAUGGCAGAUUAUUUUCAAUCCUGUGCACCUGUGGACAUGGAUUUUGUACCAUCUCUACAACUUAAAUUUUGGCCGAGUGAUGUUCAUUCAUUUCUCGAGAGAAUAAAAAAGAAUCGUCCAGAAAUUUACAAAUUUAUCAAAGACAAAAUAUCGAUGCAUGUUAUUCCCAAAUGGUCAACAAAAACGGCGAAAUGUGAUCGUGAACUCGAGUUUCGUUAUUCAUUUUCAGCAAUUGAAUUAUAUUUAGCACAACAACGUUCUCAUAAUGAACAAGUACUCAAUGGUAUUGCACGAAGUAUCUAUUACAAAUUUUUAAAAGAACACCGUACAUCAACUCAACAUGUAAUACCGUCUUACUUUAUUAAAACAACUGUAUUGUGGAUGUGCGAAAUGAUGGAUUUAAAUAAUGAAAAUCCAGAAACAUUAGCAAAGAAAUGGAUUCAAUAUGCAAUUGAUCUAUUGAACAAAGGUUAUUGUCCACACUAUUUUAUUGAGAAUCUUAAUAUACUCGAACCAUAUUCGAGAGAAUCUUUAGAGGAAGCUCGAAAGCUUUUAUUGAAGGUUGACGUGAAUGAAAUACAUGAAAUACAAAUGUUUAGUGCUACCAGUCAAAAACUCCAUCGUGAUGAAUACAAUAAAAAUGUCGCAUAUUUUUUGAAUAAUCUAAAGGCAUCAGAUAUUAUCAAUGCUUUGUAUGAUUAUCGGCGACUUAAAAAAAACUGGCCUAGAUUAACUUCUGAUUUGAUUAUUGAUGAUGAUGAAGAGGAUAUGGGCGCAACUUUUACAAUUCUUAACAUAUUACGGGCCUUGGAUGGUGAUUAUGACAAUUGGCACAAAUUUCGAAAAAUAUUCUUAGAAUCUCGACCUUCUUUUCCUCCGAUUUGGGGUAAAGAAGUGAACGCAGACAGUACAAUUCAGUUUACCAAAGGUUUACUUAGCAUUGGUAUUAUCCUAACAUUGAUGAAUGAAAAUAUAUCAUCGAAUAAUAUAUUAUCUGCGCAAGGUGUACCUUGUAAUAUAGAAGAUUUUAAAAAUUAUCAAAAUGUUAUUCAUCAAUAUUUAAAUCCUAAAACACUUUAUUCUAAUAUGCAAUCGACAUAUUCUUAUUUUUAUAAUCAAUCUAUAUCAGCAUUUGAAAGACGAAAAUUGACUGAUUAUCAUCCAUACGGACCAGAAAUGACACAUGAUCCAACAAAAAUAGAAAAUGGUUUCUACAAAGUCCUGAUGGAUUUGUGUCGGAAUACUGACGAUAACAAUUUGACAUUGAGACAACUUUAUCAACGGCAGCAAAUGAACAAUAUAGAUGAUGAUGAAUUGAUGGCAAUUGCUAUUCAAAUGUCUAUGGACGAUGCGAAACAAUAA